AUGGGCAAAGCUCCUCACCCUUUAUCCCAGCUCUCGGCUGAAGAGUUCACCAGGGCUCGCGACAUCGUUGUGAAGCUCUACGCCAGCGCGCAGACUCUGUAUUUUCGGCAAAUCUGUCGCGAGGAGCCGACCAAGGAGUCUCUGAUUCCCUAUCUUGAAGCUGAACAUGCUGGUACUCUGACUGCCGAGACGCCUCGACCUGCUCGCCACGCUCGUGUUGAGUAUGACCUUCAAGAUGGGCACAAGCAUCAAGUCGUCAGGGCCGUGGUUGAUCUGGAUGCCGGCAUCAUGGUGACCAGCCAUACUGCCUCUGCCUUUAAUUUUCCCUACUACGUUGUUCACGAAUUCAUGCGAUUCCAGGACAUUUGUAUGGCGUCAGAUCUGUUCAAGGAAGCCAUGUCCGAGUUUGUGCUGCCCGCGGGAUUCGAAGUCACAAUCGAUCCCUGGCCCUACGGCGGACAAGACAACCUCCAAGACCCCAGGUACAUGCAAGGGCUUGUCUUCGCUCGCGACGCAGGCAAGAACCAUCCCGACACCAACCAUUACGGUCAUCCCAUCCCCAUCAUACCUGUUAUGGACUGGCUCAAGCAAGAGAUUGUGCGAGUCGACAGGCUUGCCACGGGUGGAUUGGGCGACGGCCUUGAACCUGCCCCCCGCGGCGACGAGCCCAAGAAACUGUUUGAGAAGACCAAGUCUGCCGAGUGGGUUCCGGAGCUGCUCGACACCCCCGUACGAUCCGAUCUGAAGCCGCUCAAUGUCGUGCAGCCGGAAGGCGCCUCGUUCACCAUCCAACCAGAUGGGCUCGUUGAGUGGCAGCGGUGGAGAUUCCGGCUGGGCUUCACGCCUCGCGAGGGCGCCGUCCUCCACGACGUGUGCUACGAGAACCGCCCCGUCUUUUACCGUCUCAGCUUCUCCGAGCUGACGGUGCCGUACGGAGACGCGCGCCCGCCGUUCCACCGCAAGCAGGCAUUCGACUUUGGCGACGGCGGUGUUGGACGCAUGGCCAACAACUUGAUCCUCGGUUGCGACUGCCUGGGCGCCAUCCACUACGUCGACACGCUCCUAGCCGAGCCGGAUGGUUCUCCGUCGCCUUCCAAGUCGGUGGUGUGCCUGCACGAGCAGGACAACGGCAUUCUCUGGAAGCACACCAACUUCAGGAGCGGCAAGGUUGUGGUGGCCCGGUCACGGGAGCUCGUGGUUCAGUUCAUCUGCACGCUCGCCAACUACGAAUACAUCUUUGCCUACAAGCUCGACCUGGCGGGGGGGGUCACGCUCGAAACCCGGGCCACGGGCAUAGUCAGCGUCGUGGCCAUUGACGAGGGCAAGAAGAGCGCGUACGGCAACGUGGUCUCGCCCGGCGUUCUCGCCCAGAACCACCAGCACAUCUUUGCGGCCCGGAUCGACCCGGCCAUCGACUCGUACCGCGACACCCAGGUCGUGGUGGAGGAGUCUCAGGGCGUCAAGACGAACCCCGAGACCAACCCGCGCGGCAACUUUUACGAGAUCAGGCGACGGACGGUGGACAAGGCCACGUACGUUGACGCCGAGCCGCGUCUGAACCGGACCCUCAGGCUGGAGAACCCGCGCAAGAAGAACCCCGUGUCGGGCAAGAACGUCGGGUACAAGCUGGUGGCCCCCGCCACGCAGCUGAUGCUGGCGGAUGAGGGGAGCAUCCAAGCCCAGCGCGCCCAGUUUGCGCGGCACAACGCCUGGGUGACUGGGUACAGGGACGGCGAGUUUUGGGUCGCGGGCGAGUUCACCAACCAGAGCAGCUGCGAGGGAGGCGGGGUGGGCGACAUGGUGCGACGAGGCGACUGGUUCACAGACGACGGCAGGCCGGACGGCAGGCCGGACGGUGGAGCCAACGGAACCGGCGGAGAAUCAGAAUCAGAAUCAUCAGGCUGCGGACGGAGGAGCUCGCCGGUAGUGUGGCCGGUGUUUGGCUUCACCCACAACCCUCGCGUGGAGGACUGGCCCGUCAUGCCCAUGGAAAUGUACCAGAUCCACCUGCGGCCCAGCGACUUUUUCGAAGCCAACCCGGCGCUGGAUGUGCCGUGCACGAGGAACCAGAGCAGCGUCCUGGUGUCGGGCUGCAGCGCCGACGGGCAAGCGUGCGGCUCCGUGCAGAGGGAUCCGGUGGUCCACGGUCAGGGGGUCGCCGGUGGGAUAGACGCCAAGGCGGCUGGAGCGCAUGUCGCGUAA